AAGUUUUUAGGGUGGAGAUCCAACUGGUUAUACGUACCUUCCCUCCUUCUCCCAGUGGAAGGCAGAAACACCUCAAAGCCUGCAUGUAAGAACAUCUACUGAGAAAUUAUUUUAAUCAGACACCAGCAAAGUGGGAGAAAGCAAGCUAGCAGAGAAGAGCAAAGAAACUGCCUUGAUCGUGGAUGUAACAGAAGCCAGCUGCAGCGAUGGACUGGCACUCCUUCAGGAUAGCUGCCCUGCUGCUCACUUCCCUGGUGGUGCUUGAAGUUAACAGUGAAUUUCAAAUCCAGGUAAGAGAUCAUAACGCCAAAAAUGGUACCAUCAAGUGGCACUCCAUCAGAAGGCAGAAAAGAGAAUGGAUCAAGUUUGCUGCAGCCUGUCGCGAAGGUGAAGACAACUCAAAGAGAAACCCAAUUGCCAAAAUUCAUUCAGAUUGUGCUGCAAACCAACCAGUAACAUACCGCAUCUCGGGAGUGGGAAUUGACCAGCCACCUUAUGGAAUCUUCAUUAUUAACCAAAAAACUGGUGAAAUCAAUAUAACAUCCAUUGUUGAUCGUGAAGUCACCCCCUUUUUCAUUAUCUACUGCCGAGCACUGAAUGCACAAGGUCAAGACUUGGAGAAUCCACUGGAGCUUAGAGUCAGAGUGAUGGAUAUAAACGACAACCCUCCUGUGUUUUCAAUGACUACAUUUCUAGGACAAAUAGAAGAAAAUUCUAAUGCAAACACACUGGUAAUGAAACUCAAUGCUACCGAUGCCGAUGAGCCAAAUAACUUGAACUCAAUGAUAGCCUUCAAGAUCAUAAGACAGGAGCCUUCUGACUCACCAAUGUUCAUCAUCAACAGGAAAACUGGAGAAAUCAGAACAAUGAAUAACUUUCUAGACAGAGAGCAAUAUAGCCAGUAUUCCCUUGUGGUGAGAGGCUCAGACCGGGACGGUGGAGCAGACGGCAUGUCUGCAGAGAGCGAGUGCAGCAUCACCAUCCUGGAUGUCAAUGACAACAUCCCAUACUUGGAGCAGUCAUCUUAUGACAUCGAAAUUGAAGAAAAUGCACUUCACUCACAGCUAGUGCAGAUCAGAGUCAUUGAUUUGGAUGAAGAAUUCUCAGACAACUGGAAGGCAAUCAUUUUCUUUAUCUCUGGAAAUGAGGGAAAUUGGUUUGAAAUAGAAAUGAAUGAAAGAACAAAUGUAGGAACUCUGAAGGUUGUCAAGCCCCUAGAUUAUGAAGCCAUGAAGAAUCUACAGCUUAGUAUUGGUGUUCGAAAUGUAGCUGAAUUCCACCAGUCAAUUAUUUCUCAAUACAGACUCACAGCAACUAUGGUCACUGUGACUGUGUUAAAUGUCAUCGAGGGCUCUGUGUUCCGUCCAGGUUCAAAGACAUUUGUAGUAGACAGUAGAAUGGAAGCAAAUCACAGAGUGGGAGAGUUUGUAGCUACAGACCUGGACACAGGUCGAGCUUCCACAAAUGUUAGAUAUGAAAUGGGAAAUAACCCAGAGAACCUGCUGGUUGUUGACUCAAGAACAGGCAUAAUAACGUUAAGAAACAGAGUUACUAUGGAACAAUACCAAAGGCUUAAUGGGGAAUAUAAAGGAACAGUGCUAUCAAUAGAUGAUUCCCUUCAGAGGACCUGCACGGGGACAAUCGUCAUUGAACUUAGUGGCACUGGCUGGGUACCAGGUUCAGAUGGUGGUGGCAGUUCCAGUGGCAGUGGUGGUAAUCGUGACCCAGUGACUAAUGGAUAUCAAGGCACUUCUACUGUGGGCCCGCAACGCGUCACAGGAUCAGGGGGAGUCACUUCAAGUGGUGGAGGCAGUGGAGUUAACAACACUCCCGGUAGGCAAAAUCCCUUAGACGAACCGGAACCCGAGCCCUUUGACAUCACAGAAGACAACGUUCACUUCGGUCCUGCAGGCAUCGGGCUGCUCAUCAUGGGGUUCCUAGUCUUAGGAUUGGUUCCAUUCCUGCUGAUCUGCUGUGAUUGUGGAGGGGCCCCUGGUGGUGGAGCUGGAUUUGAACCUGUUCCAGAAUGUUCUGAUGGAGCAAUUCACACGUGGGCCAUAGAAGGGCCACAGCCUGAACCCCACGAUGGGAUAACCACCAUCUGUGUGCCACAAAUGCCACCUGGUAAUGCCAAUGUUAUAGAAUAUAUUGACAACUCAGGAGUUUACACAAAUGAAUAUUGUGGCAGAGAAAUGCAAGAUCUGGGAGGAGGAGAAAGAACCACAGGAUUUGAACUAAUGGAUGGAGUUAAAACAUCAGCUGCACCUGAGAUAUGCCAAGAAUAUUCAGGAACAUUAAGAAGAAAUUCAAUGAGAGAAUGUAGAGAUGGGGGUCUCAACAUGAAUUUCAUGGAAAGUUACUUCUGCCAGAAAGCCUAUGCUUAUGCGGAUGAAGAUGAAGGACGUCCAUCCAAUGACUGUUUGCUCAUCUAUGACAUCGAAGGUGUGGGUUCCCCUGCAGGCUCCGUGGGCUGUUGCAGUUUCAUUGGAGAAGAUCUAGAUGAGAGCUUCCUGGAUACCUUGGGGCCCAAGUUUAAGAAGUUGGCAGAUAUCAGCCUGGGAAAAGAAAUAGACUCAUACCCAGAUCCUGAUUCUUCUUGGCCUCCUCAGAGCACUGAACCGAUGUGUCCCCAGAGUACAGAGCCCCUGGGUAGUGGAUAUCCACCUAUAUCCCCACAUUUUGGUACGACCACAGUAAUUUCUGAGAAUGCCUACCCUUCUGGCCCUGGAGUACAGCAUCCUUUGCCAAUUCCUGAUCCUCUGGGCUAUGGCAAUGUCACUGUAAGGGAGUCCUAUGCCACCUCUGGCACUCUGAAGCCCUCUGUCCACUUUCAUGAUAACCAGCAGGCUUCAAAUGUGGUGGUGACAGAGAGGGUGGUGGGCCCCGUCCCUGGUGCUGAUUUGCAUGGCAUGUUAGAGAUACCUGACUUAAGAGAUGGAACAAAUGUUAUAGUGACAGAAAGGGUAAUAGCACCAGGCUCAAGUCUACCCACUUCUCUGACCAUUCCUAACCCUCGAGAGACCUCAAAUGUAGUUGUGACAGAAAGAGUGAUCCAACCAACCUCUGGCAUGAUAGGCAAUCUGAGCAUGACCCCUGAGUUAUCAAGUGCCCAAAACGUGAUUGUGACAGAGAGAGUGGUUUCUGGUGCUGGUAUGAGUGGAAUUGCUGGCACUGCCGGGUUAGGUGGGGUUGGAGGCAUAGGCAGCAGUGGCCUUGUUAGCACCACCAUGGGUGCUGCUGGCACUGGGCUGAAUAUGGGAGGAACAGCCACUAUUGGCCACAUGAGGAGUUCCUCUGACCAUCACUUUAGUCAGACAAUUGGAUCUGCCUCCCCCAACAUGGCUCGAAGUCGAAUCACAAAGUACAGUACGGUACAGUAUAGCAAGUAGUCAUGGUCCCAGAGUAUUGUUCACUACCAUCUCAGUGACUUACAUCCAACUCCUCCCCACCCUCAAUCUAACAGUGCAAUUUAUGAUGCAGAGCAGGCUAUGGGAGACCUGUGGAGUAAGGAAGAGCCACAGUGAUAGUAACCCAUGGAAACAUCACCAUGGGGAAGAGUGCUCCCUAGCAUUGGUAAACUUUUUUCUUUUUUCUUUUUUCCGUUUUUUUCUUCUUUCUUUCUUUCUUUCUUUCUUUCUUUCUUUCUUUCUUUCUUUCUUUCUUUUUUUCCUGGUUUUUCAAGACAGGGUUUCUCUGUAUAGCCCUGGCUAUCCUGGAACUCACUUUGUAGACCUCAAACUCAGAAAUCCACCUGCCUCUGUUUCCCGAGUCCUGAGAUUAAAGGCAUGCGCCACCACACCCAGCUGGUAAACUUUUUCUUAUAUUAACACUAAUGAAAUAAUGAAGGUGAACUUGAGGUACAAUCUUAUCUGUGGCUGUGUGGUCCACAGGUUUGUUUUUGGUUUUAUGUUUUUAAUGUUGCCUUCUAGGGUAUCAGCAGCAUGUUGAAUAAAUAAAACAUGGCUACAUACAAGCACUGGCUUUAAAUGGCAAUGAGAAGAAUUCUUAUUGCUGUUCAGAAAUUAACAAAAAAGGUUUGAAUAAGCUUGAGCACACAUAGGUGAGGAAAAUCUGACAUUUCCUUCCCAUAUGCCUUGUCUGUUUCACAGGGAAUACAAAUUAAAAAUCAUUCCACAGAUUCAGGCUAAGGUUAAUAAAAUUCUAACUACAAAGUUAUGUACGUAAGAUACCAGUUAUUAUUACUGUGACCACAUUUAAACUACAUUGGAUGGAAUAAUUUUCAAAUUAAGAAAUAUGUCCUGGUAGAAAAGUCUAUAGACAGUAACAUUAUUGUGAGAUUCGUUUGGCACAAACUGACACUGAAUCUCAAGAUGUGGUUUUGUUAAGUCCCCUGUGGAGUUGGGAACUUUCCUGGCUCCCACUGUGUUUCAUGGGUGUGACUUUGAAGAAUAUUGCUUACUGGGUGGAUGAAGGGCACCAUGCUCAUUUUUGCCUUUACCACUGUAGUUGAAGGGAGAGUUGCAAAUGACACAUGACAUGGCUGCCCUCCCAAGUGUUAAAUCUCCUCCCAAGUACAGACAGGACAGUAUUAUCUCUUAAGUCUAAGCAGUAAGGCAUACUCAUUUCUGUGCAGCUCUUUAAGGCAUAAAUUCAUAGUUAAGAUAAUGUACCUAAGCUGAGAUGGUGGGAAGAAGCUCACAGUAUGGCUAAGCAUUGGGGUAAUUUUUCAGGGAGAUCUGAGGAAGGGGAACUGUUUUUAGAACAUGAAAACUGUCUUAAGUGGGAAAUGUUAGAAAAUAAUUGUUCAGUAAAGGAAAACCAUAUAAUGAGAUAUAGUUGAGAUUAGUGUCAUCAUUUGAAUGACCCUCUGCUGCCAUUUGGAAGUGAUUAAACAACCCUUUACUAGAAUUGAUAUUACUUUAGAAAGGAUGAAGUAGUUACUAGACAAAGCUAUUCCUUAUCUAAAAUGUGUUAUGCACACAACUUUGAGGUUUCUCUUUGAUUUGUUAAUAAUGUCUUGGCUUCUAAGCAUUCUAACUUAAAGACAGUUUACAAGUUAUAAUAUGAUAUAUUUUUCUAGCCUUGUAAUUUAGUAAUGUGCUAUUUAUGAUGUGUUGUUUCUGUAUUUUUGUCAACUGGUGUUCCCCGGUUUAAAACCUCUCAGAAGAAUCAAACUUUCGAGGUGACAGGUACAUUUACUAUUGCAGGGUAGAAGAAUCUUUUCUUACUUUUAAAUCAAUGUUAAAAUAAGCUCACUAUAGUAGAAUCACAUAUAUAUAUAUAUAUAUACAUAUAUAUAUAUAUGGCAAAAUAGGAACAUGGAAAAUACUGGUCCUGAGUUGUGAAUUAUGCACAGCUUUUAAAGAUGUGUUCAUACACUGCCUAUUCAUUUCUUAGGGUGUCACAAAAUCACAACAUUUAUCAAAGACCAGGAAUGAUUGAUUAUUCCAGCAAAAGCUAAUUUGUUCUAUAUAGCAGUGGAUAUGGCAAAUAUUUUAAAGGCCACAAUAUGACCAAUUUUAACUGUACAGAACAUGUACAAUUUUGUUAACAUGUAGGAAGCCAAAAUGCAGAGGCAGAAAUAAAGUCACAUAAGGGAGUCUUUCUUUUAUUGUGUUCUAAAAUGUAGGGUAACACAUUGAGGAUAUGGUUUGGGUAUUGGUUUUUGUUUUUCUGAGCUUUUUUAUUUUUAGAAAUAAACUCAAAAGGUAUUUGUUGAAAUAUACUUGAAGAUGCCUAGGUUUGAAAGUUUUGAACAGAUAGAAAUAAUUAAUAGUUUUCCUUCCUUCCUUUGUUCAUUCAUUCAUCCAAAGGCAAGUGUACUUGUUGCCCUAAUGUGCUAUACUCUGGCUAUAUCUUUGCUUCGAUGCCUGAUGAAUCCUAAAUAUUUUUUUCAUUGCCUAACAAGUGGCAAUAUGGCAAUCUUUAAUAAAUGUGAUCAACAUUCAUCAGUUAUAUAAGGCCUGGGAAAAUAAAACUUUAAAUGAAGAA